UGGCCGUUUCUCCCCAAUACACACACUCUCCCUCUCUCUCUCUCUCUCUCUCUCACCGGCGAUUAUGGCCGAAAUCGGCGAAGAAUCGGCAGCCUUCAAGCUCUUCGGCACAGUGAUCGUCGCCGACGAAAAUCGCCUCAAUAAAAACUCGCCGCCGGAGCCGCCGGCUCAAUCUUCUCCGGCUGCCGGCGAUUUGGCGUGCCCCCGGUGUAAAAGCAAGGAAACGAAGUUCUGCUACUUCAACAACUAUAACGUGAACCAACCCCGACACUUUUGCAAGGCUUGCCACCGCUAUUGGACAGCGGGCGGCGCGCUGCGGAAUGUUCCGGUCGGCGCCGGGCGACGCAGAAGCCGACUUUAUGGUCGAUCCGGCGGUGGAACGGCGGUUGAAGACGAUGGCGUGGAUUGCGGCGCGGAAGUGGAGAGGUGGCUGCUCCGGCGAGAGCAGAUGCCUGCUGCGGCCGUGGGGAGGAAGUUGUCGAAUGCGACCGGCGGGCGGUAUUGUUGAUUUGUAGCUAGAAUGGUGAAGAAAAAUAUGUUUAGGUUUUGGUUUUAGGGGGUUUUGUUGUGGAUUUU